UGCAUGACUACGGGCCUCACACAUUGCCGCUGACUCAACUGUGCGCUUGACAUUUCGGUCAUUUCUCAAUCCCAAUUUACUCAACCCUUUUUCAUAACUCUACCAAGAUGGGCGACGACGAAGAGAAGUACGACGGCAUGCUGCUCGUUAUGGCGCAACAACAUGAAGGAGGAAUACAAGAGUUAGUCAACACAUUUUUCAGCUUCCUUCGCCGGAAAACUGAUUUCUUCACUGGUGGUGAUUCAGAUGCUCCUGAGAAGCUAGUCAAAGAUGCCUUCGCCCAUCACAAUAAACUUGCGCUGAAGGCGCACAAGGAGAAGCAGGUGAAACAGGAGAAGGAGAAGAAGGAGAAAGCCGAGAGAGCAGCCAAGCUGGCGGAGGGAGAGAGGAAAAAGAAAAAUGACGACGGUCCAAGAAUCCAGGAGCUGACUGAAGAAGAAGCAGAGAAACUUCAGUCUGAACUCGACAAGAAGAAGAAGGACGAGGAGAAGGUGGUGAAUGCCACAACGCAGAAUGCAGAAAAAGUAUCUGAAAAAGCAGAGGAAGAAAAGGGGUCCGAGUCGGAGGGAGAGGAGGAUGCGAAGGACAAAGACAAGCUGAAGCCUAACGCAGGGAACGGAGCUGACCUGCCCAACUACAAGUGGACACAGUCUCUGUCUGAAGUCGAUCUGGUGGUACCUUUCGAUGUGAAGUUCCGUAUUAAAGGCAGAGAUGUGGUCGUGGACAUCCAGCGGCGCACCAUCAAGGUGGGCCUGAAGGGUCACCCUCCGGUUAUCGAAGGCCAGCUGUGCAACGAGGUGAAGGUGGAAGAGAGCUCCUGGCUCCUUGACGACGGCAAAGUUGUCACAGUGCACCUGGAAAAAAUUAAUAAGAUGGAGUGGUGGAACAAGAUCGUCACCACAGAUCCUGAAAUCAACACCAAGAAAGUCUGUCCAGAGAACUCAAAGCUUUCAGACCUGGAUGGAGAGACGCGUGGCAUGGUAGAGAAGAUGAUGUAUGACCAGAGGCAGAAAUCUAUGGGCCUGCCAACGUCUGAAGAGCAAAAGAAACAAGACAUUCUAAAAAAGUUCAUGGCUCAGCACCCAGAGAUGGAUUUCUCAAAAGCCAAAUUCAGCUGAGACACUCCUGCCUCACAUAACGGUUAAUGUAAAUCAUAUCAGGUAAUCGACAGGCACCGACAAACCCCCCCCCCUUCAUCCGUUCUCUUCAUACUGGACGUGGUUUAAAUGACUGAUGUGUCUUAAGAGUAAAGGUUCAUGUUUCAGUUCUUUUUGUUCUUUCUUCAUGAAAACGUGUAUAUGACAGUUAGGCCCACGUUCUCCUUUUGCAUGUUGUCUGGAUGUUUAAAGUUGUGUCUGGAUUUUUUAAAUAAAGAAAUUUAAAUUCAAAAUGA